AGUUUUUGGAUCAAAUCCAGUUUUCUCCAAACCUCAUGUAAAACCCUGACAAUUCUUCAAAAGAAUUGAGUUGAAUCUUCUUCUUCAUUUCUUCAAUCUGUUUCGAUCUCGUUUUCCUUCCUAUGUCUUCUGUUCUGUUGCUGUUUCUUUCUGUGUUUCUCCUGAGCUACGCAGUACCAUCAUCUCCGUCGCCGGUUUACGCUGGAUCUCGGUCAGUUCUCCGGUCCAUCAGCCGUAAUGCCGGCGAUCGACCUGACUUUGCAGUUGAUUUAAAUGCCAGCAAUUUCGAUUCCACUCUCAAGGAGUCUCCAGCAACGUACGCCAUUGUUGAAUUCUUCGCUAACUGGUGUCCUGCUUGUAGAAAUUAUAAGCCUCAUUAUGAAAAGGUAGCAAGACUUUUUAAUGGAGCCAAUGCUAGUCAUCCGGGGAUCAUAUAUAUGACAAGGGUAGACUGUGCACUAAAGAUAAAUGUUGAUCUUUGUGACAAAUUCUCUAUAAGUCACUACCCAAUGCUCUUCUGGGGCCCUCCUUCAAAGUUUGUCGCUGGUGGUUGGAAACCUAAAGAAGACAACAAUGAAAUUCAACCAAUUGAUAAUGGUCGAACAGCUGCUCUCUUGCUUGGUUGGAUUAAUAAGAAAAUUGGCAGUUCAUAUAGUUUGGACGAUGCAAAAUUCGAGAAUGAGAAUCUUCAUUCCAAUGUUUCAGAACCUGGACAGAUCGCCCGUGCUCUGUAUGAUGUUGAGGAGGCAACCACCACAGCUUUUGACAUAUUAUUGGAGCAUAAUAUGAUAAAGUCGGACACUCGUGUACCGCUUGUAAAAUUCCUUCAAGUCCUGGUUGCUUAUCAUCCAUCAAAGAGGUGUAGGAAAGGAAGUGCAGAUAUGCUUGUAAACAUUGAUGACUUAUUGCCGUCAGAUUUAUUGUCGGCUGGCAAACUAGAAUCAGUCGCCACUAUUGGGAAAGAGUCUUUGAAGAAUUUCCAUAUCUGUGGAGAUGAAGUACCACGUGGAUAUUGGAUGUUUUGUCGUGGAAGCAAGAACAAUACGAGGGGCUUCAGUUGUGGGUUAUGGGUUCUACUGCAUUCAAUUUCUGUAAGAGUUGAUGAUGGAGAAAGUCACUUUGUAUUUACAUCCAUUUGCGAUUUCAUUCACAACUUCUUCAUCUGCGAGGAGUGUCGUCAACAUUUCCACGAAAUGUGCUCCAGUGUUUCAACUCCCUUCAAGACAACACGAGAUUUUUCUCUUUGGCUAUGGAGCACGCAUAAUAAAGUAAACUCAAGACUUAUGGAAGUGGAAGAGUCUCUGGGCACUGGCGAUCCUAAAUUCCCGAAAACACAAUGGCCAACAAAACAGCUUUGCCCAUCAUGUUAUCUUUCUUCAAGUGAAAAGAAAAAUGAUGGUGUUCAAUGGAAUGAAGAUGAAGUGUUCAAAUUUUUGGUCAAUUAUUAUGGGAAGAUGCUUGUUUCUUUGUCUAAUGAUAAUAAUAGUAAUGCAAAAGAGGCGAUAUUGAAAGAAAAAGAUAGGAAAGUACAGGAAAGGAUUUCCGAAGACUUAGCAGUUUCGACAAGUGCUGUUGUUGUUCCUGUUGGUGCUGCUUUAGCCAUUGCUUUAGUGAGUUGUGGAUUUGGAGCUCUUGCUUGUUUCUGGCGGCAACAACAGAAGAAUCGGAAGUAUUUUCAUCACUCUUUAAAGAAAAUAUAAUAAUAUAUCUAUAGGCCAAGGAGAAACUGAAGAUUAUUUGAUACAAAGAAGCUAUUUUGUGAAAGAUACAGGAUUAGAAUUCUUUAGAUACCAAAAAGAACUAUUGCAUGUUUACUUGUUUUAGUUCUUAAUUUGACAUUCAUUACAAUUUUUAUUUAUUAUGAUGAGAAUUGUAAAGUAUUUUACUAUAGAUGUUGUAAAAGAUAUGUACCAUUUUGGUGGU